AUGUCCUCAUCUACGAAAAACGUCCUCCUGAGGACUGCCGGCCUCCUGGCGGCACUGACCUUUGCCAGUGCUGCUCCGGCUGAGCAAGCAGCCACCGCCGGCCAGCGCGUCAUUCACAAGGAUGUCGUGAUCCUCGGCGGCGGUGCCUCCGGCGCACACGCAGCUGUCCGUCUCCGUGAAGAUUUUGGCAAGAGCAUUGUCCUUGUCGAGAAGCAGGGCCGCCUUGGAGGCCACGUCUCGACCUACAUAGAUCCCGAAUCGGGCAGGCCGAUUGACUUUGGCGUCCAGUCGUUCAUCGACAUUGGCGGCGCCAAGGACUUCUUCGCCCGCAUGAACGUCUCCAUCGGCACGCCGGGCCGCAUCGUCAACAAGGCGCGCUACGUCGACUUCAAGACCGGCGAGGAGCUCGACUACGUCCCGCCCGCCGCCGCCGACCGCACCGCCGGCCUCACCAAGUUCGCCGCCGCCGCGUCCAAGUACGAGAGCAUGCUGCUGCCGGGCUACUGGAACUUCCCCGCGGGCAAGGACAUCCCCGAGGAGCUGCUCAUGCCCUUUGGCGACUUUGCGCGCAAGUACGGCUUCGAGGCCGCCAUGCCCACCAUCUUCUCGGUCACGGGCCUCGGCGUCGGCGACAUCACCAAGGAGCUCACCAUGUACGUCCUGCAGGCCUUUGGCGCGCCCAUGGCCCGCGCCAUGCUGGGCCAGGUCCCGACCUUUGUGCCCGCCUCGCACCGCAACCAGGACCUCUACGACAACAUCGCCGCCCUCCUGGGCUCCGACGUGCUCUACUCGACGACGGCCACGCGCGUUGAGCGCAAGCCCGGCUGCGGCGUCGAGGUCACCGUCCGGGACAGGGCCGGCCGCGAGACCCUCAUCAAGGCCAAGCGCAUCCUCGUCUCCAUCGAGCCCGUCGGCAACAACAUGGCGCCCUUUGACCUCGACCGCCAGGAGCGCGCCGUCUUCGCCAAGAUGGACUACUCGCGCAUCUACGCCGGCAUCGUGACCAACGCCGCCCUGCCGGGCGCCACCUCCUUCACCAACUUCCCCACCGACGCCGCGCCCUCCAACUACAUGGCCUUCCCGGAGCUGCCCUUCACGGCGCGCUUCGACAACCUCGGCGGCGACCUCUUCCGCGUCAUGAUCCUGGGCGACCGCGACACCAUGGCCUGCGCCGCCAAGAGGAACGCGCAGGCCUCGCUCGACAGGAUGCUGCAGGCGGGCACCGUCGCCUUCCCCGAGGGCUUCGCCGGCCGCAGGAAGCUCACCUUCAAGGCCUUUGCCGACCACGGGCCCAUGCACGUCCGCGUCACGGCCGACCAGCUCCGCGCCGGCUUCGUGCAGGAGCAGUACGCGCUGCAGGGCCACCGGGACACCUGGUACACCGGGGGUGCCUGGUCGGUGCAGUUCCAGACGAUCCUGUGGCAGUACAACGACAUUGUUAUCCCGAAGCUGUUGCAGGGCAUGUAG